ACAAAACGACGCGUUAUUACGAGAUCGAGGGGCAAACGUGAAGUUUAGAGAAUUACGUCAUCAAAAUGGUUCCUUAAGAAACGAGAUACUUGGCCGUUCUAGUUCAGUUGGCGCAAAUGACAGCUCGACUGGAACUUCGACAAAUCCGUCCACUCGAAACAACAAUUCCGUCAAUCUGUGAGAUCAAAAAAAGGGGGAGGGGGGGAUUGAUCGUACUUCUGGAACGCAAGUUAUCAGAUUACGAGCUCCAAUCGACGGCUGCUGGAGUUUCGCGCUGACUGGUCGCUCCAGGAACAUACCUGGCCGCGCCUCACCGGCUCCCUGACCGACCCAACCCAGAAGGCCGUUGAUCUGCGCUCCGGAACUGCACGACUGGGCCCGAGGUCGCACGAUCAUCAACUGAAUGACCGCGAUUUAGGAGCACGACCAGAAACAAUUAGAGAAAAGGUCGAACGAAGUUCCGCGUUAUUACGUGAUUGGAAUGCUCACUUCGCAAGCCUAACGCCAUAGGGCACAGGCCCUCCGGAGAAGCUGACGGUCUCCUUUAUGAAACACGAAGGUUCAUUGGUCGUAUCCUGAGCCAGAAAAAUCCACUCAUCAUCAUCCAACACCAUUUCUGUAAUAUCGACUUUAAUAAUAUUCUGCCAUCAACGAAGAAGAGGUUCAUCUGCCUCAUUGCUUUCCACUGGGUAAAACCACGGCGCAUCCGGGCCGGAACCGCCCGCUAGCAGUCGCGUCGCCGCCCGGAGCAACUGACGGCCGACGGGCGGCGCAGUGCGUCGCUGGCCGUCGGAGAGUGAACAUGGACCACAGGUUCAGUCGGCUCGAGAGCUUCCUGAAGCGGGCGCUACCCGGACGCGUGUUCGCGGACAUCAGGUAAGGGGCGGGACGAGGCACGGAAUUACUUCUGAAAGAUUUCACUUCAGACGGCAGACUAAUUACGUUUAUCAACGGAUUAUUAAAAUUAUAUCUCGUCUGACCAGCUGAACGACCAUCAGCUUGAGGAGGAGGGCUGUGCCGCGCAAAGCCAGUUUAACCCAUUCGGUAAACGUGGCCUACAGCCGGAUCAUGUCGCGGUGGCAUUUGAAACGCACAAUCACACGUUUCGGAGGCGGCCUCUGCUUCCAUCGUCAGGGCAGACGUCAUAUGAACAAACCAACACCGCCUUGACUUCCGGCUUCUCGCUGUUUCAGGUAUUAUGAGGGCUGCAUGGUUCGCGUCGGCAAGGAAGAUCUCUGCUUUAAGUACGCGGUUGUCACGGGGAAGUCCCUCCUGCUGGCCGACCACCCGCCACGCGACGUGCGAGAGGCAGCGCGACUGUCAGAUGUCACCAGCAUCAGAGUGCCCUCGCAGGUCGCAUGACGUCGAGGUGGCGCGGCAGUCCGGCUCCGUACGGGAGACCGACAUCCGCCUGUAUAUUAUUCAGGUGGGCUCUGCCCUACUGAACCAUCUACAGUGCAGCUGGAGCACUGAGCUUCUGAGCUCAACGCUGGAGCUUGCGGGCAGUCGGAGGGUGGGCAAGACGGGAGACCGCGGUAUUGAGACCGAGUAUCGGCGCUACAAGCGGCAGCUACUGGGCCCGCUCGACGACGCCGGCCACAGCCCUGCUCUGCUGCAGAACCUGCAGCGACAUCCAGACCUCAAGAAGGCCUUCUGGAAGGAUCGGACGCUGUUCCACUUCCUCACCCAGAGGCUGCGGCCGCUCCUGCUGGACCCUGCCAACACGCCGGAGGCCAUCGACCAACGGCGCGUUCUGCCCGCCCGGAUCGAGGAGCUGGAGCUGGCUGCGCUGCUGCUAGACAUUCUGUUGGCAACCCUGCAGGACAGCAAUUGCAUCAGCAACAAGAUCCAGAUGCUCCAGUUCGACGGCGGAAGCGCGUUGCAGGAGCUGCUGGCGCUGCUCGUCACCCCUCCCAGCAUCCCCCACGCGUACCGCAACGCUUGUUCCAGGAUGCUCGAGGACUUCCACGAAUUUGGCUCUUCAGGCCGGAGCAACCUUCCAGAGGCCGAGCUGAUAAGGUCGCUGGCCGAGGUGACGAACGUGUCGACGGCCAUCUUGUACGAGCUGCUUCUGACGUUGCGGAACAACUCCGCGAUCAAGCUGUCCAAACUGCUAGAAGGGCUGAACCUGGAGUGCCACUUGAAGCGGAGUGUGACCCAACUCCUGGGGCUUCUCUUCCCAUCUCAGCCUCAAAAAUUGAAGCCUCUGGAGGCUGUCCUCGUGUACCAACACUUCUUCGUGCUCCACAGCCUGAUGGAGAGCAUCUCGAGGGCGCGAUACUACGUUCGGGAGCAGUUCGAGGAGGAGUUCAGAUAUUACGCCCACUGGUCACGAGUGGGUUCCAAGCUGCCGGACGGUUACCCGAUUAAGCGGCUUUUUCAACGACUCGUGGAAGGGGUGCAUCGGAUGGCAUCUGGAGGGAGCAAGGACAAAUCUGCGCCUUCACUAUUCAGCUGA